AUGCAUGAAUUGGCCAAGCUUUUUGAAUCACUACUCUCUGAUGUCACUUGUUUUCUGUCCAACUAUGGCAUAAAUUGGAAAUUCAUCCCUCCUUAUGCACCCCACCAUGGAGGCCUGUGGGAAGCUGCCAUCAAAUCCGCUAAAAUGCUGUUGUAUCGCUGUAUUGGAGACAAGGCUCUCACAUAUGAAGAAUUUGACACAAUAUUCACCCACAUAGAAAGCAUUUUGAACAGCCGACCGCUAACUGAACUGUCUUCACAGCCCGCAGCAGCUGCUUCUGUUCUAACACCUGGCCAUUUCCUAGAAGGUGGACCCCUGACCGCACCAUCGCAACCGAUAGAGACUAAAGAAAUUCUAUCAACUCGCCGUUGGAGACAUUGUAACCAAAUGACACAAUUCUUCUGGAGCCAAUGGUCAAAAGAAUAUCUAUGCACACUAAUGAACCGCACAAAAUGGAAGGUUACUGAAAGAAACUUACAGAUUGACGAUUUGGUUGUAGUCAAAUCAAUCAACACCUUGCUGCUAAGCUGGCCGCUAGGCAGAAUUGUAGCGCUGCACCCUGGCAAAGAUGGACUUGUCAGAAUAGCAACAAUCAAAUGCGCCUCUGGUAAUAUUGUCAGAGACCUAGGUGAAAUUCACCACCUCAUUUAG